CAUUUAUGCGUGACUGCACGUGUACAUUCGUGGUGUGUUUACAGUGUCAUUUUUUUCAAAUUAUAUGUAUUAUUUCUAAAAAUAUAUCAAAAAACAGUUAAUUGUUUUUAUCUCAAUAAAUAAUUCACAUAAAAUCACCUGUCAAAUAAAUUUAAGAAAAUAUUUCUCUUAAUUCUAUAUUAUUCAAUUGAAAAACAAUUUCAAACUUUUCAUAUACAUUUUAUCUUGUGUGUGAUAAAUAUAUCUUGUUCAAAUAAAUAUGUCUAUAUUACUAUAGUAAAAAGAAGAUGAAUUGUUUCAUAUAUCUAUCACUGUGGCAUCAUCAUUGUAUUAAAUAAAAUUCACGUUUUAUGAAAUAUAUAAUACAAAAGUGUUUUUCGAAUUUAAAAAAUCAACUGCGUUUACACACAUGUUAUUAUCUUUUUCUUUUUUUUGAUUUCGAGUAAAGCUAUAUAUUUAUAUGAUUGCGAAGAUUACAUUCUCACGUCAAUAAACUGUGUGCCAGCAGGAAGUGCGACAUCACUCUCGAUAUAUAUAUAUAUAGGUAUAUAGUAAAUGUUCCCCCGUCGUUGUCGACCACCGACUGUUCACGAACACCAGGUAUUCAUCGUAGGUGUGUGAUUAUGAAAACAAACGUGCUCAUCGCAAAAAAAAUCAUUUCAAAAGAGGUAUGUGCAUUUAAAAAACAAAAAAAAUUCUAUCGCCUCUCAUUUAAAUGUCAACAAUUGAUAAAAAAACAUCAUCAUCUUGUCAUCAUAAGAAUAAAAAAUCCUCAAAACCAAAGGUUAGACAGAAAUUAAAUUUCAACGAUGAUCAACCAAUAAAUUCUAACCUCAAAAUUUGUUAUCCCAAUUAUAAUUGUGAAAAUUCAAAAACAAAUGUUUUAUCCAAUGAAAAUAAACAAUUAUUAGUAUCCGAAUGGUUAAUGAAUGAGGAAAAUGAUUUUAUAAAAUCAGAAAAUUUAAUUUCACAAUCCACAUUAUUAAAUGAUGAAAAUAAUAUUUCAAAAUUAGAAAAUUUAAUUUUCCCAUCAUCACCAAUAUUAAGUUCAUCAUUUACAAAACGUUCAUCUAAAUCGCCAAUUAUUAAAACAACAAUUAAACGACCACGACGACAAUUAAUUCUAGAUAAUGAUUUAAAUCAAGUGAAAAAUUCAUUAAAAAUAAAAAAAAAUGAUUUAUUUAAUUUAUCAUCAUCAUUGACGGAUGAAAAUCAAGAAAUUAAAUUUCAAAUACAUGAAAAAAGUCCGGAGAAAUUUUUUUUAACAACAACACCAACGACAAGUAAUAUUAAAAAAUCACCAAUUCUUGGUGGUAAAAUUCUUGCUAAAAAAAUUGAACGACAAAAAAAUUUAUCACGACAAAAUAAAACAAAUGAGACUAUAAAAACUGUUGACAGUAGUUUAAAAUUUAAAAUUGAACCAAAUAUUUCAUUAACUGAAAUUUCUAAUGAUAAAUGUAAUUUAUCGCAAAUAGUUGAUGAGACAUUUUUCGAAGAAGAAGAAGUGAAAAAAGAAGUAUCAGAAAAAAUUGAUAAUUAUGAAGAAGUCGAAUUGAAAAAAGAAGAAUUAACACAGAAAAUUGAUGAUUUUGAAGAAGAAGAAGAAAAAGAAGAAAUAAAAGAAGAAACGUCACAAAAAAUCGAUGAUUGUGAAGAAGAAGAAGAAAGGGAAGAAAUAAAAGAAGAAGCAUCACAAAGAAUCGAUGAUUAUGAAGAAGAAGAGGAGAAAAAAGAGAAAAAACUAAAAGAAGAAGAAGAAGAAGAAGAAGAAGGAUCACAAAGAAUCGAUGAUGAUGAUGAUGAUGAUGAUGUGAUUGAAUCUGAAAAAAGUGAGAGUUUUAUUAUUGAAGACGAUGAUACGCCGGGUGUUAUCGUGAAUAAUUAUUGUUUAAAGAAAACAAUUACAAAUGAAAAUAUUCUAUCAUGUAAAUCGCCCAUGGAUUCACAGGAUACAUUUUUUUCUAAAGCUGAAAGUCAACAAUCAUUAUUGACAAUUCAACCAUCGCAAAGAAUUUCCGAGAUAUCAUCAACGAGAUAUCAUCAUCCAAAUAAUUCAACUGAAAUUAUUAAUAUCAUAAGCAAUGAAACUUCAUCACCGAAACCAAUUUUAGAAUCAUUCAGUAAUAUUGUUAAGAGUGAGAAAAAGAAGAGAAAAUUCAAAAAAGGCAGUUUUGCGGCAAAAUUACGAACCAUAGUGGACACAGAAAUUUCCUUUUUACGAAUAUGGAAACAUCAAUUGAAACAAUCAACAUUUCAAACUCAUAAUUCUCAGUUCGUUGAAUUAUGUAUUCAAAAAUUAUAUAAUGCAUACAAUAGACAAUUUGCAGAAUGUUUUUUAAUUUAUGAUGAAUUUAAUUUAUUAAAAAACCUCUUUAAAUUGAACACUAAAAUAAAUAAUGAUAAUGAUGAUUCUCAAAAUGUUAAUGCUCAAAGUGUUAAUAUGAAAAUGUUAACAUUAAUGUUUGUUCAAGAAUUUAUUGGAGAAUUAAAAGCAAAUAUUGGUGAUAAUUUAAAAGUAUAUUCGCCCUUGGAAAUUAUUGAUGAGAAAAAUUUAACUUUAAGUGUCAUGUACUUUACAGUUGAUAAAAAAGUGAAUUUUAAAAUAUUUCAUGAAAAAUCUAACGAAAAUUCAAUUAAUAAAAGAAUUGAAAACUUCGAUUGUCCCUGUAUUAAAGAGGGGAAAAUUGUCGAAAAUUGUCAUAUUAGACUAGCUAAUAAUAAACCAAAUGUGAUAAAAGAGAUUUUCAAUAGUUCCGUGAUCAUGUCGAUAGCACAAGAUCGACCAGAAUUAUACGAGGAGGUAAAAUUAUAUAAAAAUGCCAGAGAACGUGAAAAAUAUGAUAAUCAAGCUGAUUUAUACGCAGUUGUUAAUACUCUUCAGCAUCUUGAAAAGGCCUACAUUAGAGAUUGUGUUACACCUAAAGAAUAUACAGCAGCGUGCAGUAAAUUAUUAGUUCAAUAUAGAGCAGCUUUCAAACAGGUUCAAAGCGAUCAAUAUCCAACGAUUGAUGCUUUUGCGAGAGCUUUUAGGCUCGAUUGUCCAGCGGCACUCGAAAGAAUCAAAGAGGACAGACCAAUAACGAUAAAGGACGAUAAGGGCAAUACAUCAAAAUGCAUUGCCGAUAUUGUUUCUUUAUUUAUCACCUUAAUGGAUAAACUACGUUUGGAAAUCAAAGCAAUGGAUCAAUUACAUCCAGAUCUUCGUGAUCUUAUGGAUACAAUGAAUCGACUUAGCAUUCUUCCCAGUGAUUUUGAUGGUAAAGAAAAAGUUUCCGAAUGGCUUCAAACAUUAAACAACAUGUCAGCGUCUGAUGAACUUUCCGACAAUCAAGUCAGACAAUUGAUUUUCGAUUUGGAAACAUCUUACAAUGCAUUCAACAAAGUUCUCCAUAAUUCGUAGAUUUUUAAUUUCAUAUUUCUUUAUUAUCAAAAAAAAAAAAAAAAAAAAAAUGCGAUUCGAACACAAUUGUUCGUAAUUUUAGAACAAAUUUAAUUUCCCUUUCAACUUCAUAGUAAGUAAAAAAAGGAUUAAAUCUUUAUUUUCCUGUGGAAGAAAAAAAAAAUUAUAUAAAUGUAGAUAGUUAAAAGCACUCAAACAUCUAAUUUUAUACUUGGAUAUAAAUCUAAUACUUUUAUUGUCACAAUUUGUUGAUUUACGACACAAUAAAGUUAUACUAAUAGUUAGAUAUGCAAUUUAAA